UGCUAGGACCGCUUACGAUGAAAUGUUGUAAGAUUUUAUCAGGAAAAUGAAUAAAAUAUCGAUUUUUGUAAAGUGACAACUGUGCCUUCGAUGACUGGUCAUUAAACCUGAUUAAGCAGCAAUAGUUUCCACUAAUGUCAUGUCAUUUUGCUUUUGAAACAUCUUUAAACGGACCAGACAUCCAGUAAGUGUCACGUACUGUGUCUGGAUUUUAUCAAAACUGUGACUCUUAACACUUUUAGUGAAAGCGUCGUAUUAUUAUUUUUUGUGUUAAUUAUUGGACUAAGACAUAAAAAAUUGAAGGCAUUGCUACUGCUUUAAAUUUGAAUCAGUGUAAAAAUAGUGAUGAUUGAAAAGUAAUAGAACUUUUGUGGAAGUUUAGAGAAAGCGAUAUCACAAACCAUAACUUUAUGUAAAAAAAAACAUGUCUGUUUUAGUAGAUAGAAAAAACUUGCAAAAUAAGCCUCCUAUAUGUAUUCAAUCAUUGAAAACACCUCCUUCAAAAAUAGGAACUCCAAAGCGUAAAAAGAAAAACAAGAGAAUUAAAUUAAGAAGAACAUGUGUGUCCAUGUCUUCCAUUGUUCAGUUAGAUAAUGAAAACAACAACAAUAAUAGAUACUCUAAUACAAAUUCAAGAGAAAGUCUCCAUAGGAACUUUUGUGCGGAGACAUCUCAGAGCAAUUCUUUCAUAAGACACCUGUAUCAACCUAUGCGGUCCACAGACAGCGAAUCUUCAGCAUCAACAACCAGACUUCCAAAGCUUCCUUCCAAAUGCUCCACACCAACACCAUCGUUAACAUCUCAGUCUUCCAGAACGAUAGACGGCACACCUCGAUCAUCAGUGGGGUGCCGACUGCCUGUUACUCUUCCUGCAAACUUGCAACCAGGCGCCCAUGAACGAAGAAGAAAACUGCCAAUUCUUGCUGCAAUUAAACCUGAGAAUGAGAAAUCUGAAAGAGACAGGUUCAUAAGAGCAAACUUUAAUUACAACCCGUUUUUUAUUUACAAAUUCCCUGCUGAUGCGGAGGCAUUGGAGAGGUUUGGGAAACCAUCAGAUAAAUAUAUGAAUAUUGCAAUCAUGAUAAUGGAGAAUGCCAUGAACAAAUACGGCUCCUAUGAACUGUUUGAAGAGCAGACGGGGGGUAAAAUACUUGAGCGGAGCAGCAUCAUGGCCUUAAUUCAGCGCUACCUUAAGCGUGAAGAACUGGAGAGAGAGAUCAUAGUGAAUCUUUCCGAGGACUUGUUGUCUCGGGGCUCAAUGACGCGGUCGAAGGGCAAACCCAUGCUGAAUGUGAGGGUGAUCAACCUACGGGAGUACUGGGUCGAGGGGCUACUCAGACAUGAGAUUGGCACUCAUUACCUGCGGAGCUACAACAACAAGUACCAGGAGUGGUACAACUGGAAGAUCCGCAAGGACCUGGGCAUGAAACCUGCCAAUCCCACGGAGGAGGGCCUGGCCUCCCUACAUAGUGUGCUCCUCAGAAAGGACCCUUGUCUCUGGAGAAUUUGCCUGCUCUACUAUGUGGCCUACAAGUCCGCUUUCUUGUCCUUGAAGGAACUGUUUCAUGACCUUGGGCAGUAUGUGUCAGACCCGAUAGCAAGAUGGGAUUAUUGCAUGCGGGCAAAGCGAGGACAGACUGAUACUUCACAAGCCGGAGGUUUCUGCAAGGAUCAAGUCUACUUAGAAGGUGCUCUACAGAUCCUAAAGAACCGUAAGAUGAUCGAUUUUCACCUGCUGGUUCAGAUGGGUAAGAUCGAUUGGGAAGACAUUCGCAAGGUGGAUCUGCUCGCCAACCUCGAUGAGACCAAGGUGCCGUGCUUCAUGCAGGAUCUGCCCGCCUACCACAAGUACUUGGACAAGAUCUGUGAAUCAAAUGGGCUCACUGAAGAAGUGCUAGACUCCGUGUGACUGGUUACAUACGCUCAUCUUUGGAUAUUUAGAUAGAUAAUGGGUUCAUUUGCCAUUUUAGGAUGAAUAAUGUGUAACAUUUCUGCCACACUUCAUUUACAAUAAUUUUUGUGUUUGACUACACAAAUCAGAAUUCUCUGGUCCAGCAAAUUAAGGGAACAAUAGGGUGACAACAUUACAAAAGUACUUCUCAUGUUAUGAUAUCUAAUCCUAUAUAGCAUUGUAAUUUUGAGCAUAUUAAUUUCCCAGCAUUUCAUGUUAUCUUGUUUAACACGAAAGAAUACAGUCAAGUGUGACUGUGAUUACAAACUACUAUUUUUCGUGGAGUUAUGUCACAUUUCAACUUAGAAUUUGCAAAUUUGCCCAUAUUGUUAACAUGAACAAUUCCAACUGGUUUAAUAGAUUUUAAAGUAUGAUUUUCAUGAACAUUAAAUGUGUUAAUGCAGUUAUUGUUCUAAAAACAAAUGAUGUAUAAAGAUAUUGUUGAUGUAAGUUUGAAGGCUAUGUUUUAAAUGUAAUUGCUUGUCCCUGUAGUUUCGAACAUAUCUUAUUGACAAUGUAUUAUUUAUUCACUCAUCCAUUUUUCUUUAAAUACAGUUUAAGGAAUUUCAUGAUAUUUCAUAAGAAUACAGCCAAUUGAUUAAAUAAUGAAUAUUCCACAUCUUUUUCCAUAUUUCUGACUUAUGUUUCAUUGACAGUCAAAAUAUAUAUCAGUUUAAGGGUAUAUGAUUUAUACAAUUGAAAAAGAUGAUGAUGGUUUAAUUGUGAAUCCUAAUCAUUAUUUGUGUGCCAAAAUAGUAUUUAAGUCUAUUGUGUUGUUGUUAUUGUAUUUUUUUUUAAUAUAUUUUAAAUGCAGUUUUAUUGCAUGACUGUAAUAGAUAUUAUUAAUAAAAUAUAAUCAUGAAAUCAGACUUAAAAUGGCAAAUAUUUUGUAUUUAAUUUGUAUACAAAAAUUCUGUUACUGUUUAAGCACUUACAUUUUGCUGCACUUCUAGUUGAUUUACAUAGCAAGUACAAUCAAGUAUGGUACAAGUAUCACAAUGUUAUUUUAAGACUGAAAACAGGACAUGUCUGUGAUUAAUCACAUGAUAUCAAUUGAUUUUGUUUAGUAUAGAACAUUAUAUACUGACUAUGGACCAUUUUGUCCUGUUCCUUUGUAUGUACUGUACGUUGUAUUAUUUAUGUUUGUGCAAUGUGUUGACAUCAAUGUCGUUGUUGUCGUUAUUGUUUUUAUAGAUAAACAUAUUUUUUUUUAAACUACAUAACAACUUUGCAUUUUUAAGAACAUUUUGUAGUUCUUCUGUAACUGUUUUUUAAUCUUAAUUGUUAAUUUACUUAAGUUAAUUUUAUUCCCAUUUUGUUUAUUUGUUCUAUGGGUCAGUCUAUGCAUUGAAAUAUAAAAAGGACUGUUGUCUCAGUUUCAUUGAAUUUCUUUACAUAAGCAUGCUUGUUUUUUGAGGAUUUUAUUAGGUAAUAAGGGUUAACGAUAAAGUUGUGGUGGAACCAUCUCAAUUAGUAAAGUAAUCGACCAGCUACUACUUUUUCUACUUAGAAAUCACUUAAUUUUCAUACUUUGAACAUGUCAAAUUGCCAUUUGAACCGUCUUUUUGUGGCAGGCAGCUGAUAUUUUUUAGAACACUGGGUACAGUUUUAUUCUUGGUGUCAUCAUUGAUGUUGUAUUUACAUGUACAUGAAACUCUGUACAAAUGUUGCAGGAUUGCAGGAGGCAAAGGUAACAUGUAUAGCAAGGCCCAUAACUGUGGUUUAAAUAAUUGUUGGGUUUAGCCCCUUAAUUGACUCUGAAAUCAAACUGAUAAGCGACGUGGUGCUCAUGUUAGGGAGUCAAACAUUGUCCUUUGUCCUAUGUAAACAAUGCUUGAUAAUUGAAUAUCUUAUAUGUCAAAGUAUCUGAUAAGUAUCUGAUAUUGUUUUGAUAUGUGCUGAACAAGAUAUUUACAAAUUCCACUCACUCUUUAUUUGACAAUGCAGUUCUUAGCAGUUUUCUAACAGAGCUCUUUACAAUACAUACCCACACAGUGGUUUAUGGUCAGACAAUUGUUACUGUAUUUACAGUGUGGCAUCCAUUUACUGUACCUCUGAAAUCCAUGAGGACUGCUCCGGCAAGUUCAGUUGUAUGUCUUUGUAACAGCUCUAUAUGCACUGUGUGGCAUCUUAUCACUUCCAGUAGGACAAUCUGAUCGUUUAUGUGCAUUCCAAAACACAUAUGAUUAAUUAUUUUACAUAGAUAUAUUGUGUUAUUUCAGACUUUAUUAAUUUUACUAUUUAUUGUUUUAUCUUUUUGUUAACAAAAGCAUUACUGUACCGAUUUUGUUUGUAAAACCAUAAUUAGUCUGUGGUGUUUUUGCCUAUGUUAGAAAUAAA